UGAGCGAAACGGUUGAACCGUUCAACCGUUUGCGAGCCAUUUCUUCGAAACCCUUCAUUUCAUUCGCGCCAAAACAUUCGUGUUGUGUUGUUCUUUUGAUUUUGUGACUAUUCGCUGUAAAAUUUAGUAAAUUAUGAACAAAUCGAUGCUGUUCAAUAACAACAAUAUUACCCAACCAAUUACCUGGGUUGGCAAACAAUACCACCCGGAUGUUGAUAUUGUGAAGAAUCGAUUCACCGCAUUCUACCCGAAAUGUAUGUUCGGUGCCCUCACGCUAGAGGUGGGAAAUUUCGUGCUCGUCUCCGACAUGGAUGCGGCCGAACCGGACUCGAUAGAAGGGUGCGAUGUGGCAAGAAUUGUUCACAUGUACGAAAUGCUGCACGCUGAUUGCACUAAAAUGGAUCCGUUUCGUGCAAUUGUUGAAUGGUAUUCAAGACCUUCAGCUCUACCCAAAAUGAUCACAUCCGAUGAGAACUAUUCGUUCGAUGCACGCGAAGUUAUUGCCGAUACUCGCUUCAGUCCGGACAUAUCGAUAGAAACUAUAUUCAACCAUUGCUCGGUCGAACACGUGUUGCCGCAGGUAAACUUGAAGGAACUGCAGCUGUCGAAAGCUUCCACACGCUGCCCAACAUUCUAUGCCCGCUACAAAUUGAUAAAAUCAUCCGGAAGAAAAUGGAAUUUGCAACCUUUGAUUGCGAUCCCCGAAGCCGUUACUCCGCGGAAAAGAAGAUCGAUGUAUGAUCGUUCGAACGAACAAACGGUGGAAACUCCUAAAACACCGAAACUUAAACUUACGCGUGCCAAAUCGAUGGAGAACAUGAUAACGCUAAGUCCGGAUCAGAAGAACAAAUUGAUGGAAGAUCGUUGGGCUGUAAGGAUUGUUGAUGUGAAGCAAAACAUCAAUCACAUCACGGACAUCCUUAGUGAAAUCGAAAUUAGUGACAACGAAGACAGAAAGACUCAGUCCGCGAAGCAAUCGCACCGAUUGCUGAAUGCUCGUAGAAGUAGUAUGAGCUUACGGUUAAACUCGAAGGUAACCAACAGUGGUACCGAUGAUGAAUGUCUCAAUUACUCGAUUGUUCACGAUGGUACAACGAACAACGGGCAGGACUUAAAGAUCAAACUGCGCGUUUCGGAGACUCAGAAAAAUCCGGAAACACCUCGAUCGUUGCGCAAGCGUCUGACGACUUCUGCCGCUACACACGAACACGUUUCACCGCCCAAAUGCCGUAAAUCAUUGCUUCCAUCGGAUGUCGAAGUGGUGAGCACACCGACGAUGGGACGCUCGCACCGGAAAAGCAUCCUAAAAACACCCAACAGUACUGCCCUGCAACCGGCCGGUACGCCGAAGCGAAACAUACAACUAUCGAACAUCGUUGAGGAAUGUUCGAACGGACGGCGUGUGUCACGUCUGCUCGAACUAUCACCCAAGAAACCCCAACCGGAACCAAUCGAAGAACCUAAAACACCAAAGCGAAACAACCGGCUGUCGCUUGGCGCGAACGGCGGUACUCCCAGCAGUAGAUCGAGCGCCACAAAAUCGACCCCGAAAAGUGCAAGCAAAAUGAGACUCAUCCGUGACGGUGUCAUUAAACCGGCGAUUCAUUCACGAGCAGCUCCAAUUGGAGAUGGUGCGAACGAACUGGCGCUAGCUCGCGAGCGUCUACACGUGUCGGCCACCCCGAGUAGCCUUCCGUGCCGCGAGAAGGAGUACGAAGAGAUUUACAACUUUCUGGAGGGUAAAAUUUUCGACGGUUGCGGUGGCUGUAUGUACAUUUCCGGUGUUCCCGGAACGGGCAAAACGGCCACCACGACGGCCGUCAUACGUGCGCUCAGGCAUCUGUCGGAGGACGAGCAUAUACCGAAGUUCGAGUUUAUCGACAUUAAUGGCAUGCGAUUGACCGAACCAAGGCAGGCGUACGUACACAUCCAUCGGCAGCUGACCGGCAAAACGCUGGCAUGGGAACAGGCGUACAAUUUGUUGAACAAGCGAUUCACCACCAAAGCACCGCGACGCAUCACAACGGUGUUGCUGGUGGACGAGCUGGACAUCCUUUGCAACAAGCGUCAGGAUGUGGUGUACAACAUACUGAACUGGCCUACCCUGGCCACGGCUCAGCUGAUCGUUGUCACCAUCGCCAACACCAUGGAUCUUCCGGAGCGUUUGUUGAUGGGGAAAAUUUCAUCCCGUCUCGGGCUUACCCGCCUAACGUUCCAACCGUACAACUUCCGCCAGCUGCAGGAGAUCGUUAUGGCCCGUCUGAUCGGCAUGAGUUCAUUCAAUAGUGACGCUGUCCAGCUGGUAGCACGUAAGGUUGCGGCCGUUUCUGGUGAUGCUCGUCGUGCGUUGGAUAUUUGCCGCAGAGCUACCGAACUAGCGGACGAUCAAGCUAGAAAAACAGACGCGUCGGUCACCGUUUCGAUGACACACGUGCAGCAAGCAUUAACGGAAAUGAUCACCAGUGCCAAAGUGCGCACCAUUCGCAGCUCGUCGCGCAUGGAGCAACUGUUUCUGCAAGCUGUAACGGCCGAAGUUAUGCGUACCGGUAUCGAGGAAUGUAACUUCCUUGGCGUAUAUUCGCAGCUGGAAGCGUUGGCAGCAUUUUCGGGCGUUGGUGUACCGAACCCGGGAAGGGCGAUGGGAAUUUGCGCUCGGUUGACGGCGUCCCGCAUACUCAUAUGUGAGGGCGGUAGGAACGAUAUUUAUCAGAAAAUUUUACUCAACAUUAGCACGGACGAUGUGCACUUUGCACUGCAAGCUAGCAAACUGCUUUAGAUGUAUUAUUGUGCUGGCAA